AUGGAGAACACCAACCCUCUUCCACCACCUACCUCUCCUCACUCUUAUUUAGAUAAACCCACAAACACCUUUUCUUGCUACUUUAAUCUUAAUGAUCCAUCCAAUCCCUUCCGCUUAGACCAUGGUGAUAACCCAGCUCUUACUCUGGUUUAUGAUCCCCUCACCUCUGACAACUUAAAAACUUGGUCUCGUGCUAUGCGUCGUGUUCUUCGCACGAAGAAUAAACUUGGAUUCAUCACUGGCUUGAUUCUUAAGCUCACUGCUCCUUCGGAUCCCCUACUCAAACUAUGGGAAUGUUGUAAUGAUAUGCUCGUUUCUUGGCUUCAAAACUCAAUCAGCUCUUCAAUCCAAUCUAGUGUUAUUUUUGUGGAUAAUGCCACGGAGAUAUGGAUGGACCUACAAGACCGUUUCUCUCAACAGAAUGGCCCACGCAUCUAUCAACUAAAGAAAGCCUUAUAUGGCCUUCUACAAGACCAUGACACAGUGAGCAUCUACUAUGGUAAGUUGAAAACUCUCUGGGAUGAACUUUUGGUUUAUGACCCUCUACCUAUUUGUAACUAUGGCUCAAUGAAAAACUUGUUAGAUCAAGGGGACUGCAUACUCCAAUUUCUCAUGGGGUUACAUGAUUCUUACUCUCAAGCCCGUGACCAAAUAAUGUUGCUAGACCCACUACCACCUAUUACCAAGAAAUCCCUAUCUGCACCCACUGCCACUUAUCUGGUUAUACUGCUGAAAAGUGCUAUAAGUUGCACGGUUACCCCUCCAGGCCAUAAAUUCCAUUCAAAACCUCAUCACUCCAAUGCUAUUGCAAAUCAGGUUGCACUCUUUUUUGACUCUACCUCUGACAAUUCUGGUGAUGAAAAUGUGUAUUUAACUAAGCUGCAAUACCAGUAA